CUCUUUAAUCCCCUUUCCCUAUAUAUUUGUUUCUUACAGUAGCUCUACCAUGUAUACUUAAAAUCAAUCUUAAAAGAAUCCAAAUAUUUUAAUAUACCACUCAAAUUUUUUAGUUUUACCCGAUUCGUUUUAAACGGUCAUUAACAAUUAUCUAAAUGUUUGGCCAAAAUUGUAGGUAUAGCUUACAUCAAUUCUUGAGGUAAACAGUGCUUUCCUUAAGUUUUCUACUACUGUUUGAACAUUCUCCUUUGUUUAAACUUACUUCUCCAUACAAUACUACUGAGGUUUGUCACUGACCUUGUUUGUUACCCCAUCUUCAGUCAUUUGCCCACCUUCUUCCUAUAUUGAAAAACCACAUACAUAUUGGUUUCUCAGUCUUCUUACCAUUAGGGCAUGGCAAAUGGAAGUCAUAAGACUUCUGUGAAAAGUGUGCUUGCCUAAACAAGAGAUGAGGGGCAAACUUCCACUUGUCUUCUAUAGCUCUGUGAGAAUGUGAUGCCUGGGGCAGAAAAUGCCACCUGCCAACCAUGAUAGAACAAGUUUAAGUCCAAAGGUCAGCACACUAAAGAUAGUCAAGCUUAAAGAUGGGAAGCACUGGAUCCUUGAUAAUCUCAUUGUGCAGGUAAAUUGCUAGCCAUGGAAUUCUCCAAUUCUUUUUCAUAGAUUUCAAACCAAGACUAAAAGAUCUAUAUGGUUCAAAGUCAAUGUUCAUCCUACUAUACCACGUUCCUAGAAUGAAAGAAUGAGUCUUGAAGGAAAACAUAUAAAGUGGCAAUGGCAGACUCAAAAUUCAAAAUGACCUCCUACAAUUGACCAGCACAAAGUAUUUGUAUUAGGCAGCCCUGGAGAAGACACAAGCAUGCAUAUAGGCCAGAGAGGGAGAGACUGAAAAGAGGACAAGAAAAGGGACAGUUCUAGAGAAAGAGAUGGGAAGGGAUGAUCAUGGACACAUCUGGAGGGGAUUGCUCUUGAAAAGAAGGAAAGACAUUUCUUCCUCCGAGAUAGAGUAAAUAAGGAGUUAUUGAGGAAAAUAUGGGAUGUAGAGGGAGUUAGCAGCCAUGACUUUCCACUAUCCCUUCAAAUUGAAAGCACAGAACUGACAGACAAGCUCUAAAAACAGGCAGUCUUUGGUUGUUCACAGUAUCUAAAAAUUUAAAAGGUCCACCCAAAAGGAAAACUGUAUUAUUUACAUUUUUAAUUCCACUUCUACAAUUUUGGGACCCUUGACAGAUUAUCCAACUGGGGAAAGAUGAAGCUAUCUGUUUGUGGUGCUGGGGACCCAAUCCAUGGCCUAGAACAUGCUAGGCAAGCGCUCUACCACUGAGCUACAACCCCAACCCUCCAAAGCCACUUCGAUCCUGCAGUUUGCACUUACAAAUUCUGGCAAGGUACCACGUUAUUCGGGACAGUUUCUUACAUAAAUAAUUGUGAUUACCACUGCCACAGUAAUAAGGAAAGAACUGAAGCAGGCACGAAAACAGCAAGUACUGUAAGAAUUGUUAAGCAGUAGCAACAACUGAGAAUACAAGAAAUUUGAGAAGUUUUGAGCUUAAAAAGCUCUUCUCCAUUUUUGUCCUUUUUAAAUAAAACAAAGGGCUUGUACAAUACCGGAUUUAAAAACUGCAGUGUGCAAUUUAAGCUAACACCCUUUCUCGUGCCCAUUUCGUGAUACCUUACAUUUAUAAGGUCUUCUGUUUUAAAAGGAAUACAACACCUCCCAGUUCUUUCACUGGAUUCACAAAGCUCACACCUUUGCCUGAGAAGUUCGGAGACCAAAGAUUUAUUACAAGGAAAGCUAUUAAAGGUUGAGAUGAACAAUCUUUGAAAUCACAGGCACCAUUCCUCUGCUCUGCAGGAGUUCCCGGGGUCAAGGGAUCCUGGGGACUCCCUCCUCCAGGUAAGCAGAACCCCCUGGCCUCUGGAUAACAAGCCUUUGCUUUGUAAGUCCACAGGCCGAGUUAUCGGGUGAUCUUCCCGGCUGGAAAACUAAAAACUUUGCAAGAAGGUCGAAAUGAGGAAGAAGAGGAAGCAACCAACGCAGGCGGGUGACCCACCCACCCACCUACUGGGGAAGGCUCGCAGGGCGAAACUUCCGGGGCCGGGAGGGGUGCGGAAGGCGGCGGGCACAAGACCCGCACCCGCUGCCUGGGAGCGGCGGCCCUGCGCGGCCGGGGGCCAGCCGGAGGCCUUCGAGGGGGCGCGAGCCGGGGCGGGGACCAAGACCCCCGCGGCCCGGGGCGGCGGCGGGGAAACGCCGAGGAAGCUUAGCCCAGCAGGAGACGCGAAGCCCGCUUCCUCACUCACCUGCCGGACGCUCGCCCCGCGACCAGAAGCACGGGGACCGCCUGGGCGCUUCCCCUCCCGUGGGACGCAGCCCCUGCCGCCGCCGCCGCCGCCGCCGCCUGAGCCACAGGACCCGCGAGUCGAGGAUGGUACCGGAGCGGGCAAAGCGGCGACCGGCCCCGAGAGCAGGGACGCGUACAUAAGGGGCACCGGGAAGGCACCUCCGUGCUUCGCCUUCCUCACCGGUAGCCGACAGCGCCUCCCGGGAACAGCAUCGCGCCAGCCUCGGCCCGCUGCUCCCGGGCCUUAGCCCGAAGCUCCCCCCGAGCAGCGGCCGGGUUUCCGGCGGCCACACCCCGCCCCCUCUCUACUUGGCUUCCGCCAUCUUGCUGGAGGCGGGAAGGACGCAGUGCGCAGACGCGAGCGAAGAGUGCGCCGUCAACUCCAGAAGAGGGAGAAGAUAAUUUACCAGUGAAUACCCAAUGCUUAGCAUCAUGCCUGGCAAGGAUGGCCACUCAGUAAAUCAACAAAUGUCAG